AUGGAGACUGAGACAAAGAUGAGCCCGAGUGAAAUCGAGAAGGUGUCUGCAGCCUCUUCUCACUGGCCGCACGUUGAGGAUGUUCCUCUCGACUUCACCGAUCCCCACCGUGCCGCUCUCGAGAACAAUCCCGAACAUGCGGAAAAGCUGUCCUUGUCGACGAUACUAGCCGUCGUUUCUUUGUCCCUCGCGUACAUUUGUCCCAUCUCAUGCGGGUUCUCUCUUGCAACUGGCAUCAUCAUACCGAUCGGCACGGACCUUGGAGACACGACGAAGAUUACAUGGCUGGUUGGUGGCUGGUCCAUUGCCUCUUCCGUCUCCUUCUCCAUGGCUGGCGGUUUGAGUGAUGUGUUUGGAAGAAGAUGGACAAUCCUCUCGGGUCAGAUUUUUUGUGUUGUCGGCUCGAUCGUAGCUGCAACGGCAAAAGAUGUGAGCACCAUCAUUAUUGCCUCGACGUUCCUCGGUUUUGGCUGCGGUAUCAUCUUCGUGAGCUAUGCCGGUAUCUCUGAGCUACUUCCCAACAAAUGGCGUGGCACAGGUCUGGCCCUCACCGAAUACGCCAUCAACGUUCCAUGGUGCGCCAACGUCCUGAUUGCCACCGAGCUAAACUUACACACAUCACUCGGAUGGCGAUGGUGCUACUAUAUUGGGUUGAUCUUUGCCGUUGUCAGCACACUUGGCACCCUCCUAUUCUACUGGCCACCCGAACGACCACAGUUCGACAAUGAAAAGACCCGUUGGCAAGAAGUCAAAGAGCUGGACUUCAUUGGGCUAAGUCUUUACGCAGCAGGUUUGGUGACCUUCCUCAUCGGCUUGACGUGGGCCGGUCAGGCAGAUCACCCCUGGCGAAGUGCUUCGGUGAUCGUUCCGAUCAUUGCCGGCUUCUGCUGCUUGGGUCUCUGUUUUGCUUACGACUUUACGUUGGCGAAACGUCCAUUAUUUCCACUCGUGGUCUUCAGGAAACUGCGCGACUUCACCAUGCUGCUCGGCAUCGUCUUCGUGGCCGGAAUGACAUUCUAUUCCAUGAUGGCGCUACUCCCCCAGGCUUCGUUGUAUAUCUUCACAAGCGACCCGAUGGAAAUUGGAUACAUUGCUCUUCCGAAUGGCAUUGUCCAGCUGCUAUUCGGUGCAGUUGCCACGAGCUUCAUGGGCAAGAUCAAACACUUGAAGGCGCAGAUUCUGGUGUCUCUCGUCAUCCAGACGGUCUUCAUUGCCUGCCUCGCAGCUGUUAUCCCGCAGAGCAAGGUCGGCUGGGCCGCACUGCAGGCUUUUGCCGUGGGACCCUUUGCGCUAGUUGUGCUCGCUUGCUAUGUCAUUGCGGGUCUCAACAUUCCAUUGAAGUAUCUGGGCGUCGCGACUGGUCUGAUCGGGACGUUUAGAAGCAUGGGAGGCAGCGUGGGAAACGCCAUCUUCAAUACGAUUCUUCAGAGUGUGGUGGGGCAGGAUCUCGGGCCAUCCAUCGCAGCCGCAGCUGUUGCCCAAGGGUUCGGUCCUACAGGUUUGGACGCACUGAUACCUGCAACCAUGCAGACCGUCGUCGGCGUCCCGGGGGCCUUUGAAGGUAUUCCCGGAGCUUCACCGGCCGUGCAGAACGCAGCUAUCACCGCAGCACGAGGAGUCUAUGCCAAGGCCUUCCGCAUGGUCUUCUUCAGCACCAUCCCUUUUGGCGUGAUUGCCAUCAUCAUUGCAUGCUUCAUUCGGGAUCCUUCCAUCUACCUGACGAACCAUACUGCCAUUCAGAUGGAGAGGCAAGGCAUUUUUGACAAGAAACCAACCACACAUGAACACAAGCACACUGGGGAGGCUCGGGAGCAAACCUUGGAAGAGCGUUAA